AUUCGUCUGCUGAUUCCGUGUUUGUAUCAUGCAAUCGAGGCGAUUUCCAUUGUUGAUUUCAUCCUUGCGCUUGCUACCUACGCUACGAAGACUCCAUCAGUGCGACCUUCGUUUGCGCAGUCCAUGUCGAUGAUUGUGAAGCAAGGGCGACAUCCACUUCUCGACAAUGCCACUGGCCUUGCUGUACCCAAUGAUGUGGCAGGAAAAUCAACUUACCUAAAGCAAGUUUGUUUGCUGCAAGUUUUGGCGCAAACUGGAAGCUUUGUCCCUGCCGAAAUGGCCGCAUUUCCCAUUCUCAAAAGAAUUUUUUCGCGCAUUGGACACAAUGAUGAUGCUGUAUCCAAAAAGUCCACUUUUGCUCUCGAGAUGUCGGAAUUGGUACCAAUUUUAAAGAGCGCCGAUGCUUCGUCACUUGUCGUUAUCGAUGAGCUUGCUCCCAAUACUGCAUAUGAGGAAGGUUUAAGCCUUUGCUAUGCAGUAUGUGAGGAGCUUCUGAAAAAAAAGGUAUGUCGAAUCUCUCGACAUCUCGGAAUCUUGCAUUCUGUUAUAGGCUUAUGUCAUAUUCGCUACUCAUUUUCUGACGCUGGCGUCGAUGGCGGCAUCGUAUCCUGCAAUUGA